AUGGAGGGCAUGACCGAGGCGCUGAAUCUGAAUGUCACCGCUGCGUUCUUCACCAUGACCGCGUUCCUGGAAUUGCUUUAUGCAGGGACGCAGAAUGCGCUUCGCGGUGGGUCUGGAAGACCCCUGGCGCAGGGGGGCGAUGUGCCGUCCAUCCAAAGCCAGGUGGUUUUCACGACGAGUAUCUCGACGUUCAGUCGGCACUGGACAUCGUCACCGCCGUACUUGGCUAGUAAAGUGGCUAUCAUGCAGGUGACGAAGCAUGCGAGUACGCAGCUCGCUAGGUUUGGGAUUCGGGUGAAUGCGAUUGCCCCUGGGAUCUACCCCUCGGAUCUGGCGUCCGUUCUGAUUCAGAGCCGCAAGCCGGAGGAGGAAGCGUCUGACGAUCAGCGAUUCAUUCCGGCUCGCCGGUUCGGGGGCGAUGAGGAGAUGGCUGGGGCUAUUCUGUAUCUGUCUAGUCGGGCGGGCAGUUACUCGAACGGGUCGAUCCUUAUUACGGACGGCGGACGCUUGUCUGUUAUGACUGGUACUUACUAG